AUGCAUGGGCGAGUAGGUGACGGUCCUGCAGGAGCCGGUGCUUGUUUCGUUGGGGGGCUUCUGUCCGUUCAGGUGCUGAGAUCCCGUCACUCGUUCCGUUACAGUGGCAAUCGACCCCCUCCUUUUGGGCAGACGCGUACUACCACAACAGAGAGUGAUAGUGAGGAGGACGAGGAAGAUGAGGAUGAGGAGGAUGAGGACGAGGAGGGGAGUGGGGAUGAAAUUGAGCCGGGGCCCAAGACGCAUGGCGAUGGGGAAGGGGGGGGAGAUGAAGACGACGAGUUGGAUGGGUUGGAGCCAGAGGAGGAGGAGGGGGGGGUGGGCGAGAGAGGAGUGGUAGCGACGGAGGCGGCCUCACAGCAUGAAGGUGGAGGAGGUGGGAGCGGGGGGGUUAAGGUGCUGUUGAUCCUGUGCAACCGCCACUGCGGGGAGAAAAACUUCAUCCUCUCGCGCUGGACGGUAUCCCGCGACAUGGUGGUGUUUGCUACGGCCGCUCUACAUGCGGCCAUUGCGGAGCUGCUGGCGAAGGAGCGGGAGUUGGGGUGCAAGGUGUCAUACAGCAUCGACAUGUGUACAGCACCCAACGGCAAGGCAUGGCUAGUGGUGAGGGGUCACUGGAUAGACGAGACGUUUCAGCAGCGCACGGCCGUGCUAGAGUUUCGCGAGAUGCACGGGCGUCAUGGGGGCGAGGAGAUGGCGAAGGUGGUGGAGGAGACCGUGGUGCAGCGGGGGUUGCAGGAGCGUUGUGUGGGUGUGUGGGUGGCAUUGACCAUGGAAGUCCCCAACCCCUUGCCACUGCUGCUGUGUUCCGUGCGCAGGUGCUUGGCACACGUGAUAAACCUUGCAGUGCAGGCAGCGCUGUCUGUGGAGACCAUACGCGAGGUGUUGAAGAUCAUGAGAGAGAUGGCGUCGUAG